UUUUAUUUAGGUAUGUCGGUACGUCGAGAUCGUUGGUGUUUUUUGCUACAGCUUCGGCGCGUGUAGAAUUAUUUGGGUGGGAUUAGUGUAAUGUCCGAAAUGCAUUGAAUGAAUGUGCGCUUGUUGUUGUUAUUCCAAAAGUGGUUGUUAUCAAUAUCGUUAUAACGUUAGUUUUAGUGAAGUGGACGUCACUCCGUAUCGCCAUUCAAUCGAAAAUUCCAUUUCGAAAAAAUGAAACAAUCUUAUGUUUGUUGCCUAAGUGAACCAUGCUACGAGCAUGCAGAAAAAUAUCUGGGCGAAACUAGCAUUGCAAGAAGCGAAGGACUUGCAGCAUUAGUUCAAUGGAUGGAAGAAGAGCAACCUAGCUUACGGAUGCAUAAGGACAUCAGAUACUUGGUGUACUUUCUACGCACCACCAAAUACGAUGUGAAUAAGGCCAAGCAAAAGAUUGUGAAGUACUGUAAAAUUAGAUCAACACGCAUAGAAUGGUUUCAAAAUAGGGAUCCAUAUUUGCCGGAAAUACAGGAACUUCUCGAUAUUGGCGUUUUUCUACCCUUGAAAGAUAAAGACAUUUGUAAUCGUCAGGUCGUGAUCAUAAGAACAGCAGCGCACAAUCCAAAAUACCACGCACAAGACAAUGUGUUUAAAGUGGAUAAAAUGAUUUUAGAUCUUCUGCUCUACCUGGAUGAAACGAUUUCAAUAUAUGGCAUAGUAGCAGUAUUCGACAUGAAAAAUGUUACAUUGAACCAUGCAUUACAGUUGCCGCCAUCUCUAGUAAAACGCACCGUCGAAAGCUGGGAAAACUACCCCUGCCGUCCGCAACUAUUGGAGUUUGUCAAUGCUCCGAUUCAUGUAAAUAUCGUGCUUAAUGUAUUCAGGAGUUUUAUGAGCACUAAAAUGAAAUCCCGGGUAAAAGUGUCCAGGCGAGGCACGCACGUAGGCACUUUAGUGAACUUGCCUCCGGAAUUGGGUGGAACCGGAGACUCCUAUCACGAUCUUACUGUGUACUGGAAGAGAAAAAUGCAGGAACAUGCAUGCUGGUUUGCCGAGGCCCAAAGUCAUGAAAUGGGGCAGUCAUCGUGACACGUACAAUUUUUAUAUAUAUAUAUAUUAGAGCGGAUAAAAAGCUAUGAAAAUCAGUCCUCUUUUACAUAUACAGUGUCACAAAUAGUUUUACUGAAAUGCACAAUAACGUUUUGCAGGUGUCUUACUUUAUAAUUGUUAAAUAAAACUAUCUAAACUUUGUAA